AUGGCGCUCCUCACGGUUGGAAUAUUAAGCGCGUCAGCCGCGUAUCUGAUCUUCUACCUCGCCACUACAGCCCUUGCUCCAAGGAGAGCACCGAAGGGACUACGUGAUGUCCCCGUCACUGGCACUGCAGCUCAAAUGGGCGCCUACCCGCAAAACCCAGCGGCCGUCAAGGAGAUCUUCGACAAGCAAUCGCAGCAUUCCUCCUCGCGUGCUCCGAGUCCCGUUGUGUCGGAUUUUCUAUCUGGGGGCAUGAGGUUCCUGCUGAUGCCGUACUCUUUCAACUGGAGGACGCUGCGAGCAAUCGUCCACAAGCUGCUCACCCCAAAAUCAUCGAAUACUUUCAUGCCGUCCCAGGAAUUCGAAGCCAAGCAGCUGCUGUGGGAUAUAUUGGUGGACAAUGAAAACCAGGAGAAGUUCCACAUGCAUAUUCGUAGAUAUACCACGUCGGUGGUAAUGACUUCCACCUACGGACGACGAGUGCCUGUUUGGGGUUGCGAAGACAUCCGCGAGAUAUACGGACUAAUGCAGGUAUUCAGCGACGCCACAGCACCGGGAAGUUACAUUACCGAGGCCUUUCCCGUCCUGAACAAACUUCCAGCGCAGAUGCAAUUGUGGAGGAAGGCCGCCCUGCAAUCAUUCCACCGCCAGGUGGCGAUCUGGAUGAAAUACUGGACCCGACUCAAGACGCAAAUGGACUCGAAUCAGGCCCCAGAGUGCUUUGUCAAACAGUUCAUUGAGACGGAUUAUGAGAGGAACGGUAUUGGUGAGCUCCAAGCAAGCUUUGUUGCGGGCACAAUGAUUGAAGCUGGGUCGGAGACCACGUCCUCCGCGCUCGACUCCUGCGUUAAGUAUUUUGCCGCCUAUCCUAAGGCCCAGGCAAAGGCAUACAACGAAGUCCGCCGAGUGGUUGGCGAGAACCGUCUCCCUGCUUUUGAGGAUGAGCGAGAUCUGCCAUAUAUCAGAGCUUACAUUAAGGAGAUUCUCCGAAUUCGACCUGUGACAAAUAUCGGAAGCCCGCAUUAUACCACCGCAGACAUUGUAUACAAGGACUACUUCAUCCCCGCAAACUCCGUCGUCUCCAUAAAUCACUACGCGCUCCACUUCGACCCAGAACGCUACACCGAUCCAGAUGAUUUCAUUCCAGACCGCUAUCUCAACCAUCCUCUCAAAGCCGGCGUUUACGCCGCGCAUCCUGAUCCAUACGCGCGCGACCAUUUCGACUUUGGAGCCGGCCGACGAAUUUGUCCAGGGAUGCAUCUAGCCGAGAAUAGCCUCUUUAUUACAAUCGCUUGCAUAAUAUGGGCGUUCGAUAUCCUGCCGCUGCUCGAGAAUGGCAAGGUUGGUACAGUGGAUGUUUCUGAUGCGGCCUACGAGAAGGGAGCGAAUACUCUUCCGAAACCGAGCAAGCUGCGGUUUGUUCCGCGGAGCUCGACUGUAGAAACAACUCUACGAACUGAAUGGCAGAAAGCUAAGGUAGAAGGCUAUAUGCUAGGGUAG